UUCGAACACUACUGGCAGGACCUACGUUGCGUCCGUGGGUCAGGGCAGCUUCCUCGCCGCUCGGCAGAUCACUUCAGCCCGACCCUGACGUACAGGCCACCACCUACGCCGGACGCCAUAACUAACGCGAAGCCCACGGAGAACCCAACUUGGGCCUGUGCGCAGGCGCACUGAGCGCAGGCGCACUGCGCGCGCGCACGCCCACACCGCCCGCAAUCGGGCGUGACGGACGUUUACGUCAGGGCGUUUACGUCAGGACGCCGGCGCGCCGGGACGUGGGGUUUUCGAGUUUGCUCAGACGCUCUGUCGCCCGCGACCCUUCCGCCUGGGUGGGGAGGGGGAGACGUUGAGAUGGGGGCUGCGGCUGCGGAGGCGGACCGCACUCUCUUUGUGGGCAACCUCGAAACGAAAGUGACCGAGGAGCUGCUUUUUGAGCUUUUCCACCAGGCUGGGCCAGUAAUAAAGGUGAAAAUUCCAAAAGAUAAGGAUGGUAAACCAAAGCAAUUUGCGUUUGUGAAUUUUAAACAUGAAGUAUCUGUUCCUUAUGCAAUGAAUCUACUUAAUGGAAUCAAACUUUUUGGAAGGCCCAUCAAAAUUCAGUUUAGAUCAGGAAGUAGUCAUGCCUCACAGGAUGUCAGCUUAUAUCCCCAGCAUCAUGUUGGAAAUUCAAGCCCUACAUCUACGUCUCCUAGCAGGUAA